AUGAAGUCCGUUCUUCUCGGAAGCGCGCUGGUCGCGUCGGUCUCUGCCGCAGCACGAUCUUCCCCGCCUGAAGGAGCAGUCACCAUCCAAGAUGCCGUGGAUGCUACAUCGACUGGUAGUAUCUUCAUUUACAAAGAUACCUACACCGAGCAGGUGAAAAUCCCCUCGUCUACAAAAAAUCUGGCUAUCUACGGAGAAACCACCGAUACUUCGUCCUACACCAACAAUGUUGUCAGCCUCGAAUACAAGAUGAGCCAGGCCCUCGGUGCUUCCAACAAUGAGGCUACUGCCACCCUUGAUAACCAAGGUGCCAAUGUUUCCAUCUACAACAUCGACAUCAAGAACACAUAUGGCAAGGGAUCCCAGGCCGUGGCAGUAAUGGCGUAUAACAAGGAGCAACAAGGUUACUACGGCGUCGGUCUUUACAGUUACCAGGACACUCUUCUCACCUGGGAGGGGACCCAAAUAUUCGCAAACAGCUACAUCGAGGGCGCCACCGACUUUAUCUUCGGCCGUGAGGGCUCACUUUGGAUCACGAACUCGACCUUGGGAGUUGCAGGGGCCGGAUGCAUCACGGCGAGCGGCCGUACAAGCGAGUCUUCGGCCAGCUAUUACGUGAUCACGGACUCCACGGUGACGAAGGCAUCUGGUGCUGACGUGUCCGCCGCUGAGGUAUAUCUUGGUCGUCCAUGGGGAGAGAACGCACGUGUGGCUUUCCAACGUACGGAGCUCCCAGACCUUAUCAACAGUGCCGGGUGGAAGGCUUGGAAUGACGAUGAUCCUCGUACUGAUGGCGUGGUCUAUGGAGAAUUUGACAACACUGGCAAUGGUGCAUCUGGUGACCGUGACUUCGAGACGAAGUUGACUGCGGCGCUGGAAAUUGGUGAUAUCCUAGGCAGCGACUACACCGACUGGGUAGACGCUGCUUAUAUCUAA